AUGAGUGGCGAAUUAGCAAAUUAUAAAAGACUUGAAAAAGUUGGUGAAGGUACAUAUGGUGUCGUCUAUAAAGCCCUAGAUCUUCGUCAAGGUCAAAGAGUAGUAGCAUUAAAAAAGAUUAGAUUAGAAAGUGAAGAUGAAGGUGUCCCCAGUACAGCUAUCAGAGAAAUUUCUUUAUUAAAAGAAUUAAAGGAUGAAAAUAUUGUCAGAUUAUAUGAUAUUGUUCAUUCUGAUGCACAUAAACUUUAUCUUGUCUUUGAAUUUUUAGAAUUAGAUUUAAAGAGAUAUAUGGAAAGUAUACCUAAGGAUCAACCACUUGGUGAUAACGUUAUCAAGAAGUUUAUGAUGCAAUUAUGUAAAGGUAUUGCAUAUUGUCAUGCUCAUAGAAUAUUGCAUCGAGAUUUAAAACCUCAAAAUUUGUUAAUCAAUAAAGAAGGUAAUUUGAAACUAGGUGAUUUUGGUCUUGCUAGAGCAUUCGGUGUUCCAUUGAGAGCAUAUACUCAUGAAAUUGUUACAUUAUGGUAUAGAGCUCCUGAAGUGCUAUUAGGUGGUAAGCAAUAUAGUACAGGUGUUGAUACUUGGUCUAUUGGUUGUAUAUUUGCAGAAAUGUGCAAUAGAAAACCAAUAUUUAGUGGUGAUAGUGAAAUUGAUCAAAUUUUUAAGAUAUUCAGAGUAUUAGGUACACCAAAUGAAAAUGUUUGGCCUGAUAUUGUAUAUUUACCAGAUUUUAAACCAACUUUCCCACAAUGGCGUAGAAAAGAUUUAACGCAAGUAGUUCCAAGUCUCGAUCAAAAUGGUAUUGAUUUAUUAGAUAAAUUACUUGCUUACGAUCCAAUUAAUAGAAUUAGUGCUAGAAGAGCUACAGUACACCCAUAUUUUCAAUAA